GGGCGCGACUUAAGUUAUGCCAGUGCAAGUUUUAUGUUCAAAAAUGUCAUCGUCUGUCUGCUGCUGUAGAAAUGGCUCUGAAGAGACGCAUUUGCUCGCCGAUUUCUCGUUUACGUGAAUAAUGAGAAUCAACUUCUUAAGUUCAUCCCAUCAUGGAGAACGCGACUUUCCACCCGACGUAUACCUGGUUGGAUUUUGUGUUUUCUGUGAUCGGCGUGUGCACAUUUCUGUUUGACGUGGUCUCGGAUCUGUGGGUGGCGAAGGAGUUCUACAUACAUGGAGAUUUCAUGUGGUUCGGGGUCUUGGUGGGCUUCAUGCUCAUGUCUUCUGUCGUUGUUCAGCUGUUUAGCUGGUUUUGGCUGAAGUAUGAUCGUCAUUUGUCGGACUUUGAGUCUCAAGCGUCCUCUGGGAACACCGUUCUCUUCAGUGAAGCGAGAAGACUUAAAUUGUUGCUCCUCCUGCAUUUGUGUCAUUUGGGCUACUUCAUCAGGCACGUAUCAGCUAUCUGGCAGGGCUUUCGUGUGUGGUGGCGAGGGGAGUGUGGGUCUGAGUUUGCAGUUUAUCUGACCCAUGACCUCAGCAUGCUGCGUCUCAUUGAGACGUUCUGCGAGAGCGCUCCCCAGCUCACCCUCAUGAUGUACAUCAUUUUACGCAACAACCACGCAAGGAUUGUACAAUGUGUGAGUGUGGUCGCCUCCACUACUUCUAUAGCCUGGAUGGUGGUGGACUAUCAUCGGUCGCUUCGUUCGUUUCUGCCCGACAAGGACAAGCAGGGUUGGUUGUCCUCACUGGUCUACUUCUUCUGGAACCUCUUUCUAAUUGGCCCACGCGUAGCUGCAAUUGCUCUCUUUGCCUCCGUGGGACCCAGCUACAUUGUUGCUCACUUCCUGUUUUUGUGGCCUAGCUUUGUUAUAUGGGCCUGGCGGCAGGGCACCGAUUUCAUGGACAGCAUUGGGGGCGAAUGGCUCUACCGGGCCACCAUAGGUCUCAUCUGGUAUUUUAGCUGGUUUAAUGUGGCUGAAGGACACACCAGGAGUAGGAGUAGCAUCUACCACACAUUUAUCAUCACAGACACUGGCAUCCUGUUGGCCACAUGGUGGUUUUACCGCGAUGCAGAGACGACCCAGUCGUACGCCAUUAGCCUGAUUAUCUCCAUCCCACUUUGUUAUGUCUUGGGCCUAAUGAUAAAAGUGCUCUACUAUUGCUGUUUUCACCCCAAAUUGUGGCGGUCAGCGAAUUUUAGGAAAUGUUUAGAAGGAGGGGAGCCACACGUCUUUCUUCAGGCCGAUGGUGCUUCUGGUGGAGGGGAGACGGACAGCGUUCUUCAGGGCGACGGUGAUUCGGAUGGAGUGACGCCACACAUCGUUAUUCAGGCCAGUGGUGCGUCUUCUCAAAGGUUUAACAAGAGGAUGAGCCAACAUGCUGCUAACUUUUACAAAUGAAUGUAAAGCAAAUAAUGUAUUGGUACGGUAAAAAUGAAUAGCAUGUAGCCUGUUUGACUGUUACACUUUUUUAUUGUAUUUUUAAAUUCUCUGUUCACAGUGUUACAAAUUAUUGUUUUGGGAUGAUUUCAUUUUGUUGUUUGUUUUGAAAGAAUAGCUCACCCAAAACUAAAAUUGUCAUCAUGACUUUUUUCCACACCCACAUGACUUGAUGAUGGGUGGGCUGACAAGCUACAAAAAUGACUAAUCAACUUAUGGUUUGUAUCAACUUUCAACUUUAAAAAUGUAUUGCUUUGUGUGAGGAACGGACCCAAAUUGAAGUUGCUUUUUUACUUCAAUCAAGUACGGUUUCAGUGAAUGUUCUUUCAUUUCUUUAAUGUAGAAUAGAAAUAUGUGCACAGACUGAUCCUUAGUCAACUUGCCAAAACUAUUUCUAUUUUUUUUUGCACAUGUAUAUAUGUUGUAAAAAGUUUUCUAUUAAGGUUUUCAAAAAUUGUUAAGUGUUUACAGAAUGAUAAUGGUAUUGAACAGCACUGUUAAUGAUUAUGCGUAGUCUACACUUUCAAUAUAUUUUUCGAUACAGUAAAUUACUCAUUAUUGUCAGCACAAAUGUCUGACAGUAGAAUUUCUUGUAGUAUUGUAACAUUAUCCAAUAGUGAAUAUCCCCUUCGUUAAGUUCCUGUUUUUGGUUUGUAUGGCUGUAGUUUCAAUACAAUUGGAUGUCGUGACAAACGCUUUCAAACAUGUGUUCUCUUUGUCAUACCCAUGUGGAAUGCAAUAAAUCAUGGGUUAUUAUA